AUGCGCCCGUCGUAUGAAGACCAGUUUAGAGUACAGGAUACCGAAGAAUUGGGUGACAAUUCGGUCAAAGCGAUUGCCACUAUGCUAUCUGAUAUUAAAAGUGGUGCAAUGGACGUCCUUGAUCCACCACUAAAAUAUAAUCAUGUUCUCCUCUCUUGGCCUGACUUUGAGUAUGAAUUUGCACAUGCAGAUCGAAUCCAUCUAGCAAGCUCCCUGGCAGGUCUUAACGAUUUUCACGGGCAUGGCUCUAUCGCGUCAAGGUUCGCUUUAGCGCAGGAAGGAGUUAGUAAAGCCUGUUACGACCCAGAGAAGGAUAUGGACGAUACACUUUGUGAUCCUUCUUUGCCUAAUCUACCCACUAUAUUAGUGGUAAGCUACAGCACAGCUAGUCUCAGUUUGACUCUACAUACGAGACUUUGGGGAGACAUGCCGUGGCCCGAACGUCUUAUGGAUAGCCCAGCGCUUGGUGCUUCAUUUGCGAAUGCUACUAGUCAGGGGGACCCUACGGAAUAUUGGAUAAAGGUUAGGGAAUCCAUCGCAUCUGUGAUUGGAAAUGCGACUAUCGAUUAUAUUCUUCUUCUUGGUUCACAUGCCCGAGAUCCCGAACUACUCGGAGCGAUUAAAGGUGUAUUGGAUAGAUGUGGCAAUAUUGGUCCUUCUAUUGUAGACCGCUAUAUGGAAUACCGUUCCUCGCCAGAUGAUGAGACCAGUGCAUUAUUUGCUGCGGCAAGAGGAGCAGCGGUUAAUGCCAGAAUCGGCAUGGAAACUGGCUGGAAGGCCUGUGAUGAACCUCCAUGGUGCUGCAACUCAUAG